UAAGGAGCGUUCCAAUAUAGAUUGUCCCACUACCCGAUUCGUAGGUUUGUUUCCGGAAGUCCUGUUGUUUUGUGGAUGCUUUUUGUGUUGACUCUGUAGCUAAUUACCUAACUACCAUAACCUUGUUUUCUCUCAAUACCUCUGGCAUUUAUAUUUAUUCGAAUAGCUUCAUAUACAGUAAAUGCUACAACUUAAAUCUCGAAAUGAUAAACAAUGUUAUUAGGACCGUCAUGGAGAGAGACAACUUCCAACAGUAGCUAGCUUUGCUAGCCUGCUAACGUAAGCUAGAUAGCUUCCUAGCCUUUUGCUAGACUGGUUCGCAACACUGACUCACCUGAACAAAAGUAGCUAAACGUUACCAACUGUUAACUGUAGCUAGCUACUCAUAGACCUUUUUCCAUGAUGUCUGAAGCCAUCGUAACCUUCCAGUCUCAGCUCUCCGGAGUCAUGGAGACGGUAUUCAAGGCUGCUAUGUACGAGAUCACCAGGCUGGUGGAGGAUAGCUUCCUCAAGGAGGUUUCCCGGAGCCGGGAGCAGGUCGAGUCACUGAAGAAGCGGCUGCAGUGGUCGGAGAACAGACGCAGGGAUAGGGACAGAGAGGUAGGCCGGAGGGGGAAGUGUGCCGACUGUGGGAGAGCCGACGAAGAAGCCGAGGAGAGAAGCUCUGGAACCUCACAGACAGGUGUGGAGAGGGGGCGUGGCCUGAAGCAGGAGAAGGUACAAGGGGAGGAGUGGAGCAGCUGUGGGGGCGUGGCCAGGGAAACAACCUUCAAUGAUCUGGAGGAGGCUGAGGCCACCAGCCCUAAGAGAACCUCUGAGGUAGGUAGGGGACUGACUAAACACAUGGAGGCUGAGGCCACCAGCCCUAAGAGAACCUCUGAGUCCACAGAGGUCGGAGGUCAGAAGCUGGACAGCCUGCUGAAAGAGGAGGCUCUCCACAACACUGAGCUACAGGAGAGAUGGGAGUUCUGCCUGGAUGGGGCUGAUGGUUCAGACGUCUCGGGGCCCAGUAAGAGUUUUAUUCAGCAGGAUCUACAGCGGUGCCAGGAUGACUGGGGGUCCGCUCUAGACCAGGGACCUGAACCACCGGGCCCCGAGGGAGAGGCAGAGGACCACACCGACCCUCUCUACCGCCCUCGUUACAGCAUGGAGGACCUUGGGGGCGCCUUUGAGAAGUCUGGUUACAGUGGUGAUGGUGGUAGCGACCAUCUUCUAGACAUGGAAGGGCUGGAUAGGCUUCCUGGUUCUCCGUCUCGUCUGGGGGCGCUGAGCUACGGAGCUGUGGGUCACUACCAGGUGAACCUUGGGGGGUCUGAGGGGGGAGACCAUCACCAUCGCUCCCACAUGCCUCGCCCCCAUCAGAGCCGGAGGGAGCAGGUGGGGUCGCCAACGCCAUCCCCCCACCCUGAGGUGGGAGACCGGAACUGCCUGUUGAUAAACGAGGAGGGGUACCUGCAGGACUCCAGUGUCUUGUACCCUGAACACGGUGUCCCAGAGUCGGGUAACAGAGCUGGCCACAGGGGGCUAACCUCCAUCCACUCUGGAAGCUCAGCCCACAACAACACAGAGAGCCUGUAUGGUGCUGCUGGCAACUUUGGACACUCUUUAAACCUCAGCGAUCAUUCACAAGAGCAGGUAAAAGGAGGAGGGGGGAGGCGUCAUGCCUGCAAUCAAUGUACCAUGACCUUCCCAGACUUUGGUUCCCUCAAGUCCCACAAGCAGACACACAAAACUGGUAGAGAGUCAGGAUCUGGGCCUCCAUACUCCUGCACCCAGUGCGGUAAGACCUUCACCCAGGCCUGCAACCUCAAGGUCCACCAGCGGGUUCACCAGGCAGAGGGACUCCACCUCUGCAGCCACUGCGGCAAGGGCUUCACCUCCUUCUCCGACCUGAAGAGGCACAAGUGCAGCCAGACGACAGACAAGCCCUACUGCUGCUCCAUCUGUGGGAACAAAUUCAGUCGGCUCUGGAACCUCAAGCUGCAUCAGCGCAUUCACACGCAGGAGAAACCCCACCGCUGCACUAUGUGUGACAAGAGCUUCACACGCGCAGACAUUUUGAAAGUGCACCUGCGCAUCCACACCGGGGAGAGACCUUACUGCUGCGCUGUGUGUGGACUCCGCUUCAAACGACUGGACCAUCUGAAGUUGCACCAGCGCAAACACAGGCCGGAACUCCUGAACUGAAUUUUUUAAAACAUUUUUGUUCUUUAGCAUAUGCUUUUAUCCAAAGCGACUUACUUUUAGUGCAUUCAUCUUAUGAUAGGUUGGUUCGUUAUUAUUUUAUUGGACAUUGAGAAAAAAAAUGUUUUUGAUCAAUUGUUUAUUAAUAAGGACAUUGAAAAUAUGAGCUGUUGGAAAUCUAACCAUGUGUUGAAUAAGAAUGUAUGCCUUAAAUGAUAGACUGUCUGUGAAUUGUCUGUCAUAAUGACCAUGCCAACCUACCAAACAUUAGAAUAAUACUGCUUUCAUGACAAGUCUGCAGUGGUGUAAAUUACUUAAGGAAAAAUACUUUAAAGUACUACUUAAGUAGAUUUUUGGUGUAUCUGUACUUUACUAUUUACGUUUUUUACAACUUUUACU